AUGGUACAACAAGCACCCUACCUGCUAGGGAAGUACUGGGACCCGGUAUUUGCUAUCGUUGUGGGUACGUUGAGCUAUUAUUCCUACGAAAGAAAGGUCGGCAGACCAGAAGGCCAUAGAUUGAAUGACCUGAUUCGGAAGCGUUUAGCGGGCAAAGAGGCACAAUAA